GUAUGGGGCUGAGCCGGAGAGAGUGACAGACAGACCAUCAGUCAGUUAGACAGUCAGACAGACAGACAGUGAGUAAGGCAGACAGACAGACAGACCAGUGGGUUCGUCUGCUGAAGCAUGAAGACUGACUGAAAUGCGAAAGCCGGAGGAAGGAGGGAACCAUGAAAGUCGCCUCUGUGGUCUGCUACGGUGUCGCUCUGGGGCUCCUUGCCGUCGGCCUGCGAGAGCUGCUGACUGGCUUCGAGGAGAACAGAUGCAGUAUGACCUACAUGUUUGAAUACCCAGAGUACAGGCGUGUGACCCUUCCUCGACGUGUGGCCCGACUGUACCCAGCGUAUGGGCUCUACCUUUAUGGAGAGGGUCUAUACGCCCAGGAGACCCAAGGGCUUAAACUCACGGGCGCCCCUGUGCUCUUCCUGCCUGGAAAUGCUGGCAGUUACAAACAAGCUCGCUCCCUGGGUUCGGUGGCCCUCAGGAAGGCUGAAAACUUGGAGGGAGGUCUCCACUUCAAUGUUUUCACCGUGGACUUCAAUGAAGAGCUGGUUGCGCUUUACGGUGGCAGUUUGCUCCAGCAGACACACUUCCUGCAUGAGAGCAUUAAAGCCAUCUUAAGGCUGUACAAGAAUCUGAAGACUCCUCCCCAGAGUGUGGUGCUUGUGGGCCACUCCAUGGGAGGGGUAGUGGCCCGGGCGUUGUUCACUUUGCCCCGCUUCAACACUAAUCUGGUCAGCCUGAUCAUUACUCAGGCCUCUCCGCACCUGGCCCCAGUAUUGUCCCUGGACCCAUAUUUGCUGGGUUUCUACUCUGCAGUGAGACAGAAGUGGCUGAACCAGGCAAACAAACUCAGGAACAUCACAGUCCUGUCCGUUGGGGGCGGUUACCGUGACUACCAGGUCCGGUCUGGUCUAACGUCACUGCCAUGUCCUUCAGGAGACCCCAAUAAGAUAUCACUGGUGGCAACUGCAGUUCCCAGGACAUGGGUGUCAACCGACCACCUCUCCAUUGUUUGGUGUAAAGAACUUGUUCUGGCCACUGUCAGGGCAUUCUUCGACCUCAUUGAUCCCGAAACCAGACAGUUCACAGAUAACCAGGAGAAGAAAAUAGCUGUACUUAACCAUCACUUCAUCAGACAUCCUGUCAGGAUGUUGGGAGAAGAUCACGAUGUUUCCAUCUCAACCUUAGAUUUUCCUGAAGAAUGGAGUGAAGUGAACACACUGCGUUUGGCUUACAGCACACCGAAGGAAGGACAGGAGAAAUAUUUUAUGUUUGCUCUGUCGAGUCGCAGGAAAGCCUACAGCCAUUUCUACUGCCGGAGCAGCAACCUGGAGAUGACUAGCUGGGUGUACGGCUGUGUGCACAAGAAUGGUUCAUGUCUACAUCCUGUUGAUCUAUCUGUGGGAACUGAGCUGCUGCCACCAUACAAGGUCCUGAUUUUGAGUCUCAGUGAUUUGUCUUCAGUUACUCAUCUAGUUGUUUCGGCCUCAAACCUCAAUGGCAAACAGUUUACGGUGGAGUGUGAAUGGCAAAGACAAGAAUCUCUGAAUCUGUCUGUCCCAGUACCACAUGUACUGUCCAUCGGUUUGACUUUCAGCGACGUUACGGUCAACUCUUCUGGACUUCUACACACCAUCAAGCUUCAUCACUUUAACCAGGUAUAUCAGGCAUUCAGAAUAAAUGUUGCAAGCCAAUGCAAAGUACAUAAAGAUAGAUUGUCCAAUGUGUACAGAAUAAUGGUACCAUGGUUUCGAGAGGAUUCUAUAACCACAGUCAGUGUGCCCUCAGUUACCGAGAUCUCAGGGAUGCUCCACACAAGCAGCCCAGACGACACGUCAGAUGUCCUCCUUCAGCUUCACACUGCCCCCAAUUGCCAGUACAAGGUGUCAAUAAGGACUUCCUUACCCAGGGUGAUUGGACAGAUAUUGAGGUUCUGUGGUCCUAUGGUACCAGUGUACACAGCUGUAACUCUCCUGCUGGCCUGUGGGGGGCAGCUGUCAUCCAUCCUGAAGUCAAGGCGAGCUGCAGACAUGAGCCAGGUGGUGGGCAAAGGCCUGCAGCCUCACAAAGUCAACCUGCCCGUUUAUGUCCUGCACGUCUUACUCAGCUGUAGCCGCUUUCAAGAGUUCUGGUCCAUUCUCUGCCUCCCCCCCAUGGAUGUUCUGCCUGCAUCCUCUCCUGAUGUAAUGUUUCAUAAUGGCGUGGUACUAGCUGAAGAAUGGCCCCACCUCCUGUCCCCUCUGCUGUACAUUUUUGGGGCAGCUGUGGCAUACUGGGGGAGCACACUGCUCCAUCUCAUUAUGCGACUGAUCUCAUUAAUAUUAGCUCCAGUACACAGACCGUCUGUCUCUAGAGACUGUGGCACCCUGCGGCUUCGGACCCAGAUACUCAUCGCCCUCUGUCUGACAGUUAUCGGCGGGAUUUCCUGUGGAGCAUUUUCAGUCUUUGCUGCUUUUUUGCUGCACCUUUAUAGGGUGCUAAGGCUACAAAUGACUGAGAGGUCUUUGAGUCACAUGCUGAAUCUGGCGCCCCGGAAGCAGGAAGAAACUGAGAAUGGCACUGUCAACGUUGAGUGCUUGAGCAGGUCUAAAGAGUGUAACGGCACCCCCCUGCUGUCUGAAUGUGCACUGGAGGAGGUGAGAGAUGAUCUACAGCUCCACCUCUGCCUAUCGGCACUCUUCACACUACCUGUCAUGCUCAGUACACCAUCACUUAUCCACUGGAUCCGCAACCUGAGAUAUACCACCCAGUUGGAUCCUGACCCUUGUUGGCCACACAUUGUGCCUCUAGUUACUGUUUACAUGCUGCUUAUUAACUGCAACACUUUGAAACUCUACAACAGUAAACUACUGCCUCUGGCUUCCUGCCUCCCUCUGCCCUUGGCCAUCACCAUGGUGACCUUCUCUCCACUUCACCUCUACAGAGUCACCUACUUUGUGUUACUGACACUCAUCCCUCUGGCGUGUUGUUGCCUGCUCUGACGGUAUCUGGCUGGUUUCAGUCUACGUCUCUACCAUUACAAGCCUUCCUCUAAGUUACAGCCUGACUCACUGAAGCUGACUGAGGCUGAUGUGUCAAGCUGCCAUGGAGCAGAACUAUAGACAUAUAUAGCUUGGGGAACUGCCUGCUAAAUGUUAGCACUAAAAGCUCCAUGGCAUUUACCCUGUAUUUUUAAAAUGAGAUGAUGUAAAGGCCUUGGAACAUUUAGUGCAAAUAUGGCUCCAUUAUAAUGACCUGAAACCAAGUUUGCCUUACUCUGUAUAUCUACAGCUCUGCCUUCAAGGAGCAAGAACUCCACAACCAGUGAAGCUACUUAUACUAGAGACUCUCAAACAGGGUGUUAGUGUAAAAUGCACUGUUUUGUUUCCUUCUUUCUUGUGACUGUCACUGUGGUUGCCAUGUUGUAAACUCUCACACUGCCUCCUGCUUAGCAAGGGCAGUUGUGUUUAGCUGGCACCUACUGACUGUCGCAGCCCUGUCACAAAACAAGCGGCAGUGCCAUAUCUUUCGUUCCAUAAAGAAAGUCCAAAGUCAUCUAUGUUUACAAUCCCCCUUAAUCAUUUUUGAUACAUCAGAACGACACUGUCAUAAUUUUCGUCAAGUGUCGCUUCUUAUAUUCAGAAGAAAUCCUGAUCCUGCUAAUUGUUCUUUACAACAUAGUGGUGUAGCUCAGGUUUGGUCUGGCUGAGAGUAGUCAAUUGGGUCCGAACUUUCUCCGGAGUUUGCCUUUUACACAGGAACAACGCGACAGGAGGUUUUCCACUCAGAUGUGCAGCAGAGGCAGGGCGUAAAGUAUGAAUUCCUCUAUGGAGAUCACAUGUUUUGUUUUCAUGACAUUAUAACUGUUGUCAACCCUUAUCACUGAAAGCUCUCUUGAUGUCUUCUGCGGUGUCUUCUACUACAUUUCUACUAGGGGCCGGCUCGGAGAAAGUCUGGAGGUCGCCCUUGGACAUUUGUGUUCUCACAAACAGCCCCUCCGAGAGUUCAGUGGAUGUCUGAAAGCACCUUUAGUGGUAGUAUGCUAUUGUCACUCCCACCUUCAUUCACCUAA